UUUCGGUGGGCCAUGAAGCAAGAAUGAGCGGGAAUGAGCUCGUAGCCGCGCGCACAGCCAUAGAAAUAAACAGACUAAGAGAAUAAAAUUUAAAUGUUGUUUUAUUUUCAUAUAUAUUUAUUUUUUGUUUUGUGUAUUUCGUUUGUUGUUUUUGUUUUUUUUUAUUCUCCUUCGGUUUUUGUUUGUUUUUGGUAUUUGUUUGUUACCUAUGGGUUGUUUAUGAAAACAAAACUAGUGUGUGUAUACAAAUUAUUUAUAUAAAUAAUAAUGGGACUGGCAGUGUGUGUUUUGGUCUCGUCAUCUCUCUCUCUCUCUCGCUCUCGCUCUCGCUCUCCGUCGCUCGGUUGUUCUCUCGGUUUUUGACGACGGUAUUCACCGUGUGUCUUGGACUGUCGAGAUGCGUGUCGGUUUUUUUUUCUUCGGGGAAAUGUGAGCUGCUUCGCUGUUGCUGGCUGCCCUUGCAAGAAACAUAUAUUCCGUCAAUGUUUCUAAGAGCCAACGAAUUGGUUUACCGUGGCUCAAACACACGGUUACGCUUUUUGUUUGCUCUUUAUUUUUCAUACCGAUUACGAUUGCGAGUGUGAUGUAUGUUUUGUUUUGUUUUGUGUGUUGUGUAUGCAUUCGGGCUUUUCUGUCGAAUGUUAUGCUGUUGUUAUUUUUUGCUCAAUUGCGCAUUCGGCUCCUCUGCCCCAUUCUCAUUCCUCACUUGUUCUCUCACUCUCACACUCGCAGGCUCAUUUCUCUCUCGCUCCCGCUCUGCGGCCUGGUCUUGGUGUGUUAUUUCGUUGUUGUCGUCUUUUUUUUCAUUGUUGUUGUUGUUGUUGUUGCUGCUGCUGCUUCCAUUUGUGUUCCGUCGAUUUCGUUGUUAGUUGUUUAUUUUUUUUAUUUUUGGUAAUACAAACAAGCGAUAAUUGUUUAUGUUUGCCAUUGCCUGUGCAUGCACUCUCUGCAGCUAACGACGAGCAUUCCCGCUCACGUCUAUUUAAGAUUCGAACGUAAGGAAAAGACAUACACACAAACCAACAGAAUAAUCAACAAUAACAACAGCAACAACACCGACGACGAUGUCGACGAAAAACAUAACAAACCACAUACAGCCAUUAAUUCAUUCGCAUUUCGAUGUGAUAUUUUUAUGCUCAAACCAAAGAAAUCGUUUACACAUCGUAUAUAACAUAUGCCGGGCCAGUGACAUACACACCGACCAACCGUUUACUUAUUAUCAAACUCAUUGAAAACCAAACCGAAUCGACCAAAAUCCACGAAAAUGUAUGUGUUGUACACCCGACAAGGGAGAGAGACAGAGAGAGAGAGAGAGAGAGAGAGAGAAGAGAAAAAAACACCUUUAUUUACAUUGAACAUUCGUUGUCUAUUGUGACGCGCUCGACGGACUCUUAUUACUAUUUCGAAUUGGCGUUGAUGAGCGUCGCAACAUUUUUCUAUUUUUUACUACGUGACAAAUACGAAUUUUUUUAAUGAAUUUUAACUCUUUUUUCAUCGUUGUUUAGUUGACAGAAGCCAAAAAACCACUCGGUUUUUCGAAGCAAAAUUCGAGAAUGUGUGUAGAUUCCAAUGAAAUCACUUCACAUUUAUUUAAUGUAAACAAACGGCUUUUUGCCACCGGAUUUAUCCAAAUGUACUUAUGUGUGGCUCAAUGUUUUUGAGGUUGCCGUGUCCGAAACUGAUGUUGAAAUUCAAUUGAAAAAAUUGGUAAAGAAAUUUAAUUUAGAUUUUCGAUGAAAAUUGUGGCAAUCAUCUUAUAAAACCUUAUGGAAAACGUAAAUUUUUCUUUAAAAAUCGUUAAAAACAAAUUCUUCACUCCACUGGAAAAAAAAAAAAAAAGGCAUAAUGUAAAAGCAACAAUCAAUUUACUCUCUCGAAUCCGUGCGUCAAAACCCGGUAAAUUACAACAAACGUGUAAAAUGUGCCAAUAAAAAUCUCUUGGUUCCCUUGGUCGUUUUCGUAUUCGACCGCCUCAAACCAAACCGUCGGUUGAUUUUCUUCAACCGCAUGAAUUCGACUAGACAUGUCGUCCUUUUGUGUGUGCGUGUAUGUAUUUGGGCACCUUAAUUCAAUCAUUUAGACAGAAUGUUUCUCUUUCACUCGCAUCGAUGUCGGUUUGGAAUUGGCCUUUACGCGUCGCGCUAUAAUCGCAUGUGUUCACUGUUCGUUGUUCUCUGUGUGUCGUCCGGAUCGGUGUGUUGUCAAUGUGUGUGCGAUGUGGUAAAUUUGUACGAAUAUGUCUCACUCACUCUCUGUCCUCUCUCUUCCAUACACACACGAACACUAUACGCUUUGAACUGCGUACAUGCGGCCGAUUUUUGUUCCAUGCAUUGGGUAGUAUUUAAGUUUUCAUAUCGUAUUAUUCGUCGUGUUGAUCUGUCGGUUGUAAGCCGCAAAGCGAUUACCGUGGAUAUUUUUCAUUUUUUUAUUUCCAAAAAUUUCGGUUCUGUUUCUGUUGUGCGUGCGUAUGUGUAUGGAUUUUGGUGAAAGGAAAAAAAAAACCAAAGUUUUUCUGAUUGUUAUUUCUUGUGAAAAGCUUCCCGUUGUUAUGAUCAAAACCUGGUCGAUCUUGCCGGUAUCGAGCAGUGAACAGCGAGUGCAGUGUCUUUUUAUGUGAAAGACAUUCACAAGUGCAGCGAUGGUUGAUAGCGCGAUUGAAGGGUAGCAAAGCAUGAGAAACACAUACAAUUGAACAAUUUUGCAAAAGCAGGCGGAUUUUUCUGCAGUGUGUAUAGUUUCAAGUGGGUCGAUGUGAGUGAGUUAGUGAGUGAGUGAGUGUGUGUACAUGAACAACAUUUAUAUAAAACGUCGAGUAAAAAGCCCGAAAAUUGAAUCUUUCUUUUCGUCGAUCCGCCUUAUUCGUGUUUAUUGCACAUAAGUGAAUGUGAAACGGUGCAUCGGUUGUCUCUUUUCUUUGGGGGUUUUCUCAUCAACUCGUGGUGGUGGUGUGGCGCGUGUAUAUGUCUCGGCAUUCCUUGUUUGCAUGCACAUAUCAACAGAGAGUGAAAAAGGGUGAGAGAGAGAGAGAGAGAGAGAGUUGUGCAAUACUUUCGAGAGCACAACAACACGAAUUUUCCACAUUUUCCAUCGCCUGCGACGACAACGACGACUUUUCAGUUGAAAACAAAAGAGAAAGGGCGUGCGCAUCGUCACGAAUUAUUAUUACUGUUAUCUCAGAAAAAAAACAACAACCAUUUUCCCUUGCACAAACUCGAUUCUAUAAAUUAAUAACAAUAACGAGCAACAACCAUAGCACAUGCAUGUUUUCGACGUGUAAAUAGUAUACAUACAAUUUUGGCUUGGUGUUUUUUUUUUCUUCCUCUGUGCAGUGCUUGCAUUUCCGCACAACGUUUUCGUAUUUUGAGCCAACAAAUUAUUGUUUUAUAAACUUUUCAAAGGAAAAAAACUCGGAUUUAGCGUCGUUAAUCAAGUGCUUGUGUGUUUUAAGUGUCGAAUUGAAAGCAAAUUAAAUCGGAUUUUUGUCACAAAAUCGGUGGCAACAAAAACACAACCAAAAUUCUAGUGGGAAAAAAACCGAACGGUGCACAUUUUAUGGUCUCACACCUAAAGAAACGGUGGCAAAAAGUUGUGUUCACUCUCACUUCCCAUUCGGUUGAUAGAGAAUUACAUCAAUCAUUCAAGCAGAAGACACGCUCCAGCUUGUGUUAAAGCGAAUUCAAGGGAUUUGCCAAAGAAGCCGCAACAAUUCCACACUGGGAUAAUUGAACAUGCUGAGAUUUCGGUCGAAUUGGAUGGAGUCGAUGUUGCAUGUUUAAUGAGCCAAGGUGGUGUACAUUGGCAAUACGAGAACGGUGCACUGCAUGGCAUAACAAUUUAAUGUUGGAAAUGGGCCGAAAUACGGAUUUCAUCGAUACCGUUUAUACACCAUUUAAAUUCAAUUACUAAGCCACUAAUCACUCGCUCGAUCUGCCAUCGAUGCUCCGGUCAACACACGGUCGUGUAUGUGUGUCCAGUGAAAAUUACAGUGUAAACAGACGUGCAACGUACUGAACGGUAAAAAACAAGACGAAAAAAAAACAUUGUGCUUCCGAAAUUGUGAAAAGAACGAGAAAAAAAAGGAAGAACGGAACGAGACGCGAGAGAGAAAAAAAAACAUUGAAAUAUUUCGAAGUAGUAGCGAACUUGAAGAUAAAAAUAGCACUGGCAAUUGCAACCAAAAUUGAACAUUUCACGUGGCGCGCUUUUUCAAUCAUUUCCACGUAAAUUUUUAAGCGGUGGCGAAACAAACAGCGAAAAGGCGUCGUCGCCGUCGUGUGGUGGUUGUGCGCGAGAAAAAUAUGCAAAAUUCACAAGAGCGACGCAACACAAAUCAACUACUACAAUCAUCGAUCUACAAACAAAAAUCACAUAAACGACAUCUGAAACGUUUGCACGCGUCCAAACAACAAUGCGAUGAGCCAAGAAUCAAUGGAGAUAUCGACCCAUCGAACACAUCAAAAAUGCAAUUACAGCAACAAUUAUCACAACAACAACAAGAAUUAUUACAACAACUUCAGUUGUUACAUCAUCAGUAUUUGAUGCAUCAUGGUAUCAAUUUACAACAGCAAUUUCUUGGUCACAAACAAAAAUCUCAACAGCUUAACGGCGAUCUCUUUCAAGUGGACAAUGCAUUGAGCCUCAUCAAAAUUGGCGCACUUGAUGGUUUGGGCAAUAAUUGCAUCGAAAAUACUUCGUUGCAUGAUUUGAUUUAUCUGAAUGAUAAUCAAAUAAAUGCAAAAGGCGAUUUCAAUGGCGGCAGCAUGAGCAAAAUCGAACCGAUUGACGAAGAUCAAGAUUAUCCAGAUGCUGAGACAACGUCCGAAACAGCGGCCAAUUAUAAAGACUACAAAGAUGACGGAGGCUCCAUUGAAAAUGGCAACAUUGAUGACGAUGACGACAAAGAAGCAAUCGAUAGUAAACCAAUUUUAGGUAGCCUCAAUGAUAUUUCCACAAAUGUUGACGGUGAUAAAGUGAAUGCAAAUGUAGACAAACAGUGCAGAGGCAGCGACGACGAUACAUGCAAUGCCGGUGCAAAUGAUACGAAUUUAAAUGAAACAGAUGCUAACGAUAGAGACGAUAUUGAUAGAAAAUUAGCGCCCGCCACCACAUCAACACAAAACGCGGCAGAAAAUGACAACAACAACGACACCAAUAACAAUAGCAGUAACCAUAAUAAUAAUGUUAGCGGGAGUAGCGCUACCCAUAACAAUAACGAAGUUAUAAAAACUGAAGAUUGUACUACGAUAGCCGAUUCGAUAUUGGGUCUAGGGAAUAGUAACGGAUUUUCGAUGAAUUACAACGACAUGGAUGAUGGUAAGUCACCGGUGGGUUCAGUGUCAUCGUUGUCACCCAUAUCGGUGACCGAGCAUCCAUUGUAUGGCAAUGGCAUUUGUAAGUGGCCUGGUUGUGAAGCCAUUUUCGAUGAGCACCAAUCAUUCGUGAAGCACUUGAAUGGCGAACACAAUUUGGACGAUCGAUCGAUUGCACAGGCUCGCGUCCAAAUGCAAGUGGUGUCACAAUUAGAGUUACAAUUGCAAAAGGAGAGAGACAGACUUCAAGCGAUGAUGCAUCAUUUGUACUUAUCAAAGCAGCAUCUGGAUUUGACGCGACAACCCCAUGACAAUGGUGUUGGUGAUUUGGCAAGCAUAUCGCAUGCAUUGCAUCAACCGUCGCAGCAGCACGACUCACUAAACAAUGCUAACAAUGAGAAUUGCAUAUUCGAUCAGUUGGACGCUGUGCAAUUGUCGCGCCAUCAUCAAAACAGUUCAAGCAAUAGAGAGUUUAGCAGUAGAAAAAUGAGCAUGUCACCAUAUUUGAGCCCAACGUCGAAAUUAUCAUCGUCGCUGAGCCAUUCGCCCGGCAUUCUCGGCACCAGCAUCCCGUUGCGCCGUCAAAUGAGCAAUAAAUCGUCACUUUCAUUAGCAGGUGGAUUACCAUAUAUGCUUGAACGAGCCGGCCUUGACGUUCAACAAGAAAUACAACGAAAUCGAGAAUUCUACAAAAAUGCCGAUGUGAGACCUCCAUUCACCUAUGCAUCACUGAUUCGUCAAUCAAUCAUCGAGUCACCGGAUAAGCAACUGACGCUAAAUGAAAUUUACAACUGGUUUCAAAAUACAUUUUGCUAUUUCCGCCGAAAUGCAGCCACAUGGAAGAAUGCGAUACGUACGAAUUUGUCGCUGCAUAAAUGCUUUGUGCGUUAUGAGGAUGACUUUGGUUCAUUUUGGAUGGUGGACGAUAAUGAGUUUAUUAAACGGCGCCACUUGUCACGUGGUCGGCCCCGCAAAUAUGAUCCAAAUGCAGUAAAUGCAGUGACUGACAGUGAUCAGCAACCGGCACCGUCACAAUCUCAAUCGCAAAAUCAUCAUCAUCAUCAUCAGCAAUCAUCAUUGAAUCAUGCAAACACAUCGAAUGCCAAUCAACAGCAGCAACAAUCGCAUCAGCACACAAAGCACACGGUGUCUGGACCGCAUGGUGGUGGUGGCGGUGGCGGUGGCGGUGGCGCCGCUGCGGCAAAUGCCAAAUACAACAACGAUCACACGAAUGCAAUGCAACCGAAUGCAACGCAUCUCAUGCAAAAUGUCACAACGAAUUUAGGACAACCGAGCAAUGGCAUCAAUCAUCAUUAUUUCUCAAGCCCGGUGCCUCCUACACAGUUGCCAAAUCCAUCGUCAGCGUUGUAUCCAAAGGAUGCAUUCCAAACGAAUUUACAGAAUUUUUGGCCAUGCCCACCGAGAUUAUUGGAUGAGAGCUUCUUAGCCAGUCAUCAUCAGCACUUGAGAUCCGACAAAAUGAGAUGCCAUUCAGCCAGUCCACGACGCUCACCAAUACCACAUCUCAAUCGUUUCGAUUUCAUCUCAACUCUAAACGGUGCUAUUGCUUCAUCCGGCGUAAAAAUGGAGUCACUCCCGAUGGGUUCGAUGGAUAUGAAUGAGCAUCCAUUCAGUCCGCAGAUGACGCCACAGCAAUACGAGCAGCAAAUGCAUAAACAUCAACAAAUUAUAUCAAAUUUAUUCAAACGAGACGGCAAUUAAACGAAUGCAACGCACCGCACAACCAGCCCAGCUCAGCCAUCCCAUUCAGCCGGAGAGCGUGAAAAGUACUUAAAAACCGAUGAUUCACCGUACAAAAUCGAUUUGUUCGAUUUUAAUGCAAAAACCGACCCAUUGCCGGAGUGAGUACGUGAACUCAUCACGAAUGAACAUGAAACUAGAAAUAAAAUCUAUAGAAAAGUAUCAAACCAGAACAAACAAGAAAAAAAAAAACGAGAACGAAACUGAAACUUAAAUACGAAUGCUAUAGUAUUUUUUUGGUUUGCUUUGGCCGCAGUGCGUUUUGGUUUUUAUUUGUGCGACCAGGAGAAAAAAAAAACAAAAGAACAGUAAAAUCUCUCACCCAAACCAUUAUCUAUGGGCCGAGAAUCGGCGCGGCGAAGAAGACUCUGACGGGGACGUAGUCAAGUGUAAGUAAUAUGGCAAGAAGAUUCAGUGCAGAAGAAAGACAUUACACGCUUGAAACAAAGCACAAACGAAAUUCAACGGGAAAAUCAACAAAAGAACAACGAUGCGUGUGAGCGUGCGCGCGCGCGCCUCUGUGCACUGCACAAAUCGACACACGCAAAGCAAUAAAAAAUAACUAGAUGAAGAAAGUGAUGAGACUGCUCGAUAAGGAAUCGAAUCAAUCGCUUUUUGUGCACUGCUAAUCCGGUUAAUUUUCAUCGUUCUACGUCUCUCUCGCUCCCCUAAUUCAGAAGAGGAGACGAGAUUGUGUGCAACGAUCAUCAAACAUCGACACAGCCAUAAAGCAUACGUUGAAAUACACACACUCCAUUGAGUCAUUGUCCCGCAAGAAUCGCUGCUGCCGAAACACAAUAGAAAAUGACAUCCCAUUCCCAACGAAAGCUACCGACUCUAAAUUAAAAGGAACAUAUUUAGAAUCAAGCGUAUGCCAUUUCUGAUAAAGUCUAUCGCUUAUUUUCCAUGAAUCCUUACCAUGAAGUCCAUGAAAUCUUACAGUCGCACAUUUUGGGCAGCUCAACCGUUGAAGUUACUUCAACGAAGCUCGAUUCGAACAUUUCGCUUUCGUUCUACGAGACAUUCUAUUCAUUUCAAGGGUAAAUUUGCGGAAAAAAUACACAAAAACACAGCCAAAUAAGAAAAACUGAUCUUCCGGAGGAAAAUUUUUUGUUUUCAACAGCUUCAACCCAUGGGCCAUGGAACUACUUCACAAACUUUAUUUCGCUUCCAUCAACUUGAUGAACUUUUUCCAUCAAAUUGAAAGAAAAAACUCUUUUGCCGAGACAUGAAUGAGCCAUAUGUGUAUGGUUAGCGAUUUACAUUCAUUUAAUAAUUAAAAUUCAUUGCAAUGAUAUGUCAUGAGAGUGAAAUCGCCAAAGCCCAGUACUUGGGCUUACAAAGUCUAUUUGGCAUCCAGUUAAAUUUUCUUCUCACACUAAAAAUGGUUUUCCUGUGAAUUUGUCAAAGCGCUUAAUUUCUGCAAUCUGCAGCAAUUGAUUUGUAUAGAAUUCCUUAUACAAUGAGUUAAAUUGGAAAAUUCCGAAUAGUUUCGUUGAGUUGUAUAAAUGAAAAUUUUCGACAUGUGGUCGUUUUUAUUCGAAGAAAAAUUCAUCGGAAAACGCAAUGUGAGACAGAAGCGUAUAUUUAGAUGUCUUUUUUUUUUCAUUAGAUUUAAUAAGAUUUAAGAUUUAACUGUGCUAUGAGAUACUAUAUAUAUCUGAGGGUAACUGUUUCAUAUCAAACGCAUAUGAGAAUAGAUUUAGAAAUCAAAAUAAAUCAAAUUAAUAUUACAACAAAUAGGAUGUGGAAAUGGUGUGUAAAAUGUAAAAGAGAGCAACUUUAAUCGAUCGAAACUCGAUCACGAAGUAAUGUUUUGAACUAAAACCAAAACCUGACUCACACAAUUUUGGAUCAAGAUCGUGCACGCAAAUUCCGAAAAACACCGUGUUUUCAUUUCUCUUCUGAAAACAUUUAAAAACAAAACAUUAACCGAAAAAAUGUAAUUAUCUCUUUAGUCUAUAAAAUUAUAUACGACACAACCACACACACACACACAUAUUAUAGGUUUAUGCUACGUAUUAAAGAAAACAAAAAUUAAUGUUAUAGCUAAAAUGGCGUUUAUACCAUACGCAUUAUUCAAUCAAAACAAAAAAAAAGUUUACAAAUUAAAGUAGAGCGAUUCAUUAUCCAUGUCUAACCAAACAAAAGAAAAAAUCGUAAUAGUUCUCCCCCGGUUCAAAUCCCAUUCAUCAGUUUUGUACGUUUACAGUUCAAUAGAUAUGAGACAGAUUUUAUUUGUCAUGCAAUCCAACAAUUCGUUCAGAAAGAUACAUCCAUUUCCAAAUCGGACUUUUUUUCCCGAAUUUGGAUCUUCUAAUUCACUUCUUCCAACCGGUUACUUCUUGCAACCCAAAUCGAUUUUGUUUAAAUCAAAUUUUUCGAUUCAAAUCGUUUUUGUUUAAAACAUUCGACUCAAAUGCCAAUAGACUUUUUGAAAUGACACAAACAAAAAACAAACAAACAAGAAAUCGUAUUUAAAGCAUAUAUUUAUUAUGAAAUAAAUAGGUAUUAACAUAGGAGUCAUUUCGGUAGAUGUGUGUAUUCAAUGCAUAUAUUCUUUGGAAGGAAAAAAAGACGAAUUUUGAACAAAAAUAACAUUUUGACGUUAAACAAGGAACAAAUUACUCCGAGCAAUCACUCAGUUUGGAUUAAACAGAAUAGAGGGAUAAAUUCAACGGUCCUAGUCAGAUCCAAUCAAGAAUCUAAGUUCCUUGGUUCCAAGUGGAUAAUGGAUACCCACUCAAAAAGGGAGAAAUGAAACAGAAAAAGAUCGUAAAUUGCAAAAAUUGGUGGAAGAAAAGUUUCAAGAGAUCAGAUUGAAUGCCAUUCAAUGGAGAGGAGUAUACUGAACAGACAGAAAGAUUCGAAAUCAAUGAAAAGAUCAGAAGAUUUGAGGAGGGACAACAGAUCUUUGUUCUUGCUGUCAAUUUUUCAAUGUCAUAGAAAAAAAAUUGUCCACUCGUCUAUAUUCGCUCUUUGAGAGGAGAAAGUAGAGAAAAUUCCAAUCUUCAUCAAAGCCUGACAACAACACAGUCGAACUUUAUCGAAGCGUUUGUUAAGGCGGGAAUUGAAUCUGUUUUACGCAAAAAGUAUUUUGAAAUGGUAAUAUACAAAGUAGAACGCAACUCGCCAGUGCAAAUUGUACACUCUACGUAUUAAAAUCGUACCAUCAGUGUACUCAGUUGCGUUGUUCUUUAUGAUACACACUUUGACUUUUUCCAACCAUAAUUUCAACCUGAAUAUGGCACUCUUUUGCAUGUAGCGCAUUCAAAUUCCCUUUUUUUUAUCAAUAAAUGGUUAUAAGUUCCACUUUGGUAAACGCCUUGAUAAUGUCUAGAAGUUCUUUUCAGUGUUUCAUAUGAUCGUCCGGUGAUCAUCACCGCGAAUACACGUCAGUAUUCGUAAUAGUGAACACUGAACAUCGACAGUAGUGAAUUUGUAUCAAGAAAGUCAAACACGGUUAAGAUCGGAUUGUCAUCAAAGCAAAUGUCGUUUAUUGUCAAUGAAUGCUCCUCACGAAUACAAAGUCAAGGAAUUCCCCGUUGACGGCUAAUCGUCUGGAGAUAAAGAAAACUAGCAAAGAAAUGGUUCAAACUGUAAUUAAUAAACACAAAAAAAGUAUUAAAGUUAUUAGUCAUGAAUCUCGUUAUACAUAUAUGUAUUCUCAUUAUCCGAUUUGAAAAAACAAAAAGCAAAAA